UUUGUUUGGUGUCUGACUCACUCAGAGGUUGUCCCACGCGGAUCCUCCUGUCUCGUCACAAUGUCCAAAGUGUAAUCUUCUCCUGAGUGGUUGUACGUCAACGAUGAAGAGAGGACAUCGGGCCUUUUUGGGCCGGAAGAAGCCGUCUCUGUUUGACACGACCGUCAAAAUAAGGGAAAUAGAACGUGGCGAGCUAGUUCUGAAUUCACCAACCAUGCCUGAGUCGGGUACCGCCAGUGUGCGAGCCAGACCCACCGUCAAACAUCACACUUCAUCCGAGGGUUCUCAAGGUUUUGUUCCAACGCCCAGAGUCCCUGUUCUUCCUCCUAACAACGGUCCAAAGAUCAAUGGUGCAGCCAACGGAAAUGUGUUUUCCUAUGACUUAGUGGAAGAAGACGUAUUUGUUCCGCCUCCUCCAUCCAAUGCCCCUCCUCCACCUCCAGAGAAUUUCGUCCUCCCUCCACCAGACUUCCUGGGGCACUACUCAAUGUAUGCAGGACUCGCUUCUCUUCAGCCGCCUCCUAUGGCUGCUCCCCAGCCACCCGUCAAGGUGGAAAAGAACCACCGUGUCAUAAAACCCACAUUCAGCCCCCCGCCAACGCCCCUGUCUACAAGCUCUUACAGCUCUGUGUCACCCACCUCCAUUUCAAAACCGUCUCCAGCCAAAGUCCCCAAACAUCCAAAUUUCGCCCCACCGCCGCCGCCUUCCAAAGGACAAUCGAAUACUGUUAAAACCGCGCCUGCGAAGCCAAUUAGAUUCUCCUCAAUACCCAACCUGGAAUCCCCGCCGCACACUCCUGCCCCCUCUCCACCUGUGCAGACCCGCACCCAGUCCACAUUCAAUCCCCAAAACCCAGCAAAGCUUUACCCCGUUUCCAACGCCUCAAUCCUUCUUGACUACAAAGAACAAGACAAAAGACCCAAGCAGAUGUUACUCCUGGAGGAUUCUGGCUCUGCUAUGUUGGCCCAGGUGGACAGAAAUGUUCCCCGGGGAACACCAACCACGCUCGUUCGCCAAAAGAAUUCACAGCAUGUGCAUCCCUCACAGCCGCCUCUGAAAUCACUUACCACAAAUGAUACAUAUCAAAAAGAGAAUGUACCAAAUAUGCUGUCUUCUCAGUCACCCAAAUCAGAAGUUGGCACACCUCUCCAGGUGCAAUACCAAGAACCAAGGAAGCUUCAGAAAGGGAGCAGAAUUCAAUUGACCUCUGGCGAUCUCAAAGGCAGAGUUGGUUUCAAACCCAAUUUCAGUCCGGUAUUAGAUCAAAAACACCGCCUAAAAAAUGCAGAAAGCAGUGCAUCUCAGGAGGAGCCUGCAGCUUCUCCUCUGGCUCUCCUGAAUGCGGCUCGGGAGAGAGAUCGGUUCAAGGGCUUUGCAUUCCGGGAAAACGGCACUGCGACAUACAAUGAACGCAGACGAAGCAUUCAGCAAACUAAUCCCAAUUACGAAUCGUCAAUCCUUCCAAGAUCCAUCUCUUCUUCUUCUCUCUUUCAUCAAAAUCAAGUCCAAGUUAGUCCAACGUCUGUCAGUCCCACGCAGAAAUGGGGGACUAAAUCGGCGACCAUCGGACAUGAGCGCAAUCAAACAGAGUCCAGUGGGUUAACUUACGCUUUUACGCAACCAGCUUCACCGGCGAGAGAGCACAACCGUCCUUCAUAUGUCAAAUCUGCCAGACCUGAAGACGAUAGGGAAAUGUUAGGUAUGCCGUUACUACCCCCGCCUCCGGAGUUUGAUGACUUUGACAGCAUGACAGAGCCCCCUCCUUCUAUUAGUUCUCCAACUCCUGAAUUUAAAAAGGCACCACAAGUAAAUAUGAACUCCCUUCCACCUGACCACAUUCCGCCAAAACACUAUCCUAUCUAUGUCAAUAUCCAACAGAAUCCCUUCUUGCUGACAAAACCCAAAGCAGACCCCAUACAUACGCCGCCCCCUCAGUCUCAAAGCCAGACCACGGUGGUGAGCAUCUUACAAAAAAAGAUGCUGGAACUGGACCACCAAAUCUCUCCUAGUGAAGAUGCAGACGACGACUCUGAAGAAUGGGGCAUUCCCUUUUCUGAAAACAUUCAAGUGCCUGUGUUGCCAAAAACCAGGCCACAGGCUACAAGUUCUCUUAACGGAGUCACCCAAACAACCACCACUAACCACAAGCAGGAGACGCAAGGCAAAGUGGUUCGAAAAUAUCAGGCCACUAACAGCAACGGACCACCGUCAAGUCAUCAGUACGGAAUGACGUAUCGAAUUAGGCCCGGAACAAAUCAGCCCAUCACUCUGAUUAGAAAAGGACCAUCUUGAUGGCACCGGUACUCCUCCGUAUUGUUGUUGUAUAAAAAUAUAUAUGUUGUUAGAAUUGUCUUCUCUCCUUACAUGUGCAUGGAAGAGAUAUGUACAGUGGGGGUGGGGCAGAAGUGGAGGAACAGGAACAUUACUCCAGGUAGAAAAAUACUUCAUGAUUGAAAGAAUGUAUUGUUCGUUCCCCCAACUUCUGGUCAAAUAUCGAAGAGGCCGGGCCAUGCACUCGUUUUACUUGUUUGUGUAUUUAUUUACUGCAGAUGAUUUACUUUUGAAGCAUUUACUCUUGUGUAACGCCGUUGCAUUUGACCUGUUGAAUGAAUGUACAUUUUAAUACUUCAUUUAAUAGUGUGAACAGAAAUGAUUGGACUAGUAAUUCACUGUUACCAGUAUAAUGAAGGGCUUUUUAAAAACAAAAACAAAGGAUGUUUUAUUUAUAUAAUUAUAAAUGCACUCUGAUGAAAAUACAGUAUAUUAGACACUUUACGUAUUUGUGUGUACAUGUGAAGGCUAUUUUAUUAUCCAAGCAAUUUUGAUCAAUAUCUUAAUCUGGUUAAUAAAUUGUAAUCCAAACAGAA